AUGUACAGACUAUAUUCUUCUAAAGCAUCCCACUUUUCUAAUAAAGUGUUGAACGCAUCUCACAUUUUCAAAUCAGACAUGCCGAAAAGCAAGAUUUCCAAUAAAGAUGGUCCAACUAAAGGCGACUCUAAUUCAAAUAAGGGAGGCAAUUCUGCGGGAUUUGACUCGUCAUUGAAGCUGCGAGCUAACAAGAAAAACCAAGUGUUCAAAGCACUUCUAGACAACCCAUUCACACAGUCCAACAUUUGGCCGUUUGUGGAACCACAAGUAGCUACAGAUACUUUGGAUCUUUUUGAAGCACUUGUAGGUCCUUUAUUUGAGUCACGAAGAUCUUCCACUUCCAAAAAUGGACCAGCUUCUGCUGUAAAGGGAAUAAGUUUAGGAUUUAAUUCAACAGUGGGGAAGUUGGAAGCACAAGCAGCAAACAACCGAGGGAAACACAAGGAUAGUCGAGAUCAGAUUAAAUGCUUAUUGGUAUGCAAGUACGAUAUAACACCACCUUUGUUGACAAGCAUGCUUCCAGUGCUUUGCUUUACUGCUUCCAAGUCGUCACAGGAUAGGGUAAAGUUGGUGCAAUUGCCUCGAGGGAGUAUGCAGAGGCUAUCGCAGAUGACGGGCACUCCCAACACGGGUAUUGUGGGUAUCAGCGCAGAAGUUAAAGAGGCGCACAACUUGAUUGAGUAUAUAGAAAAACAAGUGGCUGAUGUUGAGGCUCCGUGGUUGAAUCAGAUCUUUGACUCUCCGCAUUUAUUCUUCCCUCCAAAAGUAGCGCAGGUCGCCACUACACGAGGAGCCAGAAAGAAGAAGGAGAAGAAGAAGAAGAAGGGGGAGAAAAAAGAGGAAAGGGUUAGCAGUGGUGUUGGUGUUGGUGUUGGUGAUGAUAUUGAUAUUGAUAUUGAUAACGAGGACAAUAAGCAUACGACAGGGAAACAAAAUUUAAAGGGGAGUACAAACACACAGCAAGGUUCUGCACAGAUUUCAACAGCAAAAGAACACAAGGAUGAUCUGGCAAUGGAUGUGACAGUUGGGGAUGUGAAUUGA